AUGCAGACGUGGUGCAGGAGGGAACACUCUUCUCUAUCAUUGGGCGUCGCAUCCCGACCAAACGGGGUUCGGUGCUCAAAGAGAAGUAGGCCGUGGCUCGGGCAGCUGAAAAUUUCGCUGUCUACCGGCACGGCACCACAUGCUCCCCAAUCCCCACCCCCUUCCCUGUUGCAUUCUCCCUUCCACCAGGAGCACUGGCUGGACAUAGCAGAGGAGAUUGACGAUCUGUUUCUUGGAGAUGCAGAGGAGCACUGGUUGGACAUAGCAGAGGAGAUUGACAACCUGUUCCUGCUGGGAGAUGCAGAUGUGUGGCGGCGACCCACCAGUGGUACUCACUCCCCAACCCUCCCACCCUCUCCCGCACACAUUCCUUUUCACCAGGAGCACUGUCUCGAUAUAGCAGAGGAGAUUGACGACCUGUUCCUCCUGGGAGAUGCAGAUGAGCACUGGCUGGACAAAGCAGAGGAGAUUGACGACCUGUUUCUCGGAGAUGCAAAGGAGCACUGGCUGGACAUAGCAGAGGAGAUUGACGAUCUGUUUCUCGGAGAUGCAGAGGUGUGGCGGCGACCCACCAGCGGCACGGCAGGGCCGUUGGGAGGGGAGUUCCCUUUGGUCACAGAGAACGGACAUUUCGUGUUGGAUGUGAUUUUCACGACUCCCAUCGCUGAUAUGAGUGAGUGA